AUGGACCGACUACACCGGAGGAAACCGUCCGCCAAUUUAUCUUUCUACACCGAGUACUCAGUUCAACGUUUAAAUCUUCAAGAGCACUGCCAUGGCGUUAUCGGGAUUUACUCACGUGGUUCCAUAGAAAUUUCUAUGGGCCGAACAGGCCUCCAGGAUUUCUCGAAAGGAUAUGGAAAUCGGCAUCCCUCCCAGCUUUCUUCCGUUCUCCAACAAACCUCAAGCAUGGGUGAACUUUCCAUUUCCCACAACUUUGAUGCUUCUUCUGCUAACCAAGAGGCUGUCGAGCUUGCUGGUUCAUCGAUGAAGAGGCACAAAUUGUCAGAGCCAUCAGUAGAGUCUUUGGAUAGCCUGCGGCGGAAGCCAUCUAAGAUAUCAGGAUUGGCUAGCCAUGGGCAAGGUCCUGAUCCAGUGAGCAAUUGUGAUCGAGAAAAUGGUUUUGCAGUUCAUAGGAAACGAGAAAAUGGUAAAGGUGACUUACGCCAUUCACCAAGGCUAUCCUCUGUAGAUAAUUCUAGUUCAGAUACUACAGUGAACAAUAGUGUUCGCACUGUCAAACAUAGGCAUAAGAGGUCAAUUCAGAAAGGCAGAUUAAGGUCACCAAAGAAGUUUGAGAGUAGCGAGGACACUGAUAAGUGCUUCUUUGUUGGGGAGCCCAUACCCGAGGAGGAAGCAAGGGAAAGGUGGCCCUAUCGCUUUGUGUACCAGGUAUCUGUAGUGGUGUCCCUCUUUGCGUAUGACAGGGUCUUCCUGGAUGUUGUCCAUAAGAAUACGCAAUUGGGCAAUUUAUUUGAUAUUGGAGAUUGUGCAUAUAUUAAGGGUCCUAUGGACAAGCCCAAUUAUAUUGGCAGGAUUUUGGAAUUUUUUGAAACAAAAAAUGGAGAUCACUACUUCAGAGUGCAAUGGUUUUUCAGAGCAGAAGAUACUGUUUUGAAAGAUCAUGCUGCAGGCCAUGAUAAAAAGAGGCUUUUUUACUCUGAUCUACAAAAUGAUAACUUACUAGAUUGCAUUGUCUCUAAAGUUCAGAUUACAGAAACUCAUGCUGAACCCUUGGAAUCUAAAUCAAUUCCUUCAUGUUAUUAUUAUUAUAACAUGAAAUAUUCAGUGGAUUAUUCUUCAUUCUGUAAUAUUUGGAACACAUCUGGCAAUAUGAGUAGCACUAUGAAAGAAUCUUUUGCAGGAAAUAUCAAUAGUGAAUCAUUGGAAAAGGAAGACCUUGCUGUACUAGACCUAUAUUCUGGUUGUGGUGGAAUGUCAACUGGGCUUUGCCUUGGAGCAGCGAUGGCAGGGGUCAAACUUGUGACAAGAUGGGCACUUGAUUACAGUGAGCCUGCUUGCAUCAGUUUUAAGUUAAAUCAUCCAGAAACUCAGGUUAGGAAUGAGACUGCUGAUGAUUUCUUUAACUUACUGAAAGAAUGGGAAAAACUAUGCAAAAGGUAUAAAGUAAAUGUUUCUACAAUAAGUGAUUCUUGCUCAAAAACAUCCAAAGUGAAAGAUCCUCCAAGGAAGUCUGGCUCUCAGUCCAACAUUUCAAAAGGUGAAUAUGAAGUAUCAAAGAUAGUUGACAUUUGUUAUGGAGAUCCUGCUGAUGAAGGAAAACCUGGAUUAAAGUUCAAGGUUCGCUGGAAAGGUUAUGGCCCUAGUGAAGAUACCUGGGAACCAUUGCAGAAUUUAAGAAAUUGUGAAGAACUACUAAAUGAAUUUGUUUUAGAAGGAUUCAAAUCAAACAUAUUACCACUUCCUGGGAGUGUAGAUGUGGUGUGUGGAGGACCUCCAUGUCAAGGAAUUAGCGGUUAUAAUAGGUACAGAAAUUUCAAUGCACCACUUGAUGAUGAAAGAAACCGACAAAUCGUGGUCUUCAUGGACAUAGUACAAUUUUUGAAGCCUAAAUAUGUUUUAAUGGAAAAUGUUGUGGAUAUACUGAACUUUGCUGAUGCUACUCUUGGGCGAUAUGCUUUGAGUCGUUUAGUUUCUAUGAGCUACCAAGCUAGACUUGGGAUCAUGGCUGCUGGUUGUUAUGGUGUCCCUCAGUUUCGUUUGCGGGCCUUUCUGUGGGGAAGUCACCCCAAAGAGAAACUACCACCAUUUCCAUUACCAACACACGAGGUGAUUGUGAAGAAUGGUUGUCCGCAAGAAUUUGAGCGCAAUCUUGUUGGGUAUGAUGAAGGGCAGCCACGGGUGCUUGAAAAGCCCCUUCUUCUCGAAGAUGCUAUUGCUGAUCUUCCACUAGUUACACAUAAAGAAGAAUGGGAUGAAAUGCCAUAUGGGAAGAGUGCUCAAACUGAGUUUCAAAAGUUCAUUCGGACACCAAAACAUGAAAUAUUGGCAUCUGCACAAAAACGUCCGAAGGUAUCACACUCUACUUUGUAUGACCAUCGCACGACGCCGUUGGGAGAUGAUGAUUAUUUGCGAAUAUGCCAAAUUCCACGGAGAAAGGGAGCAAAUUUUAGAGAUCUUUCAGGUGUCACUGUUGGUCCUGAUAAUACUGUCCAGUUCGACCCCAAAAUUGAGAGAAUACUGCUACCUUCUGGGAGGCCACUGGUUCCAGAUUAUGCCAUGAAUUUUUGCCACGGAAAAUCAUCAAGACCUUUUGCUCGGCUUUGGUGGGAUGAAAUAGUACCAACUGUGAUCACUAUACCAAAUUUUCGUUGCCAGGCAAUGCUACAUCCUGAGCAAGAGCGAGCACUUACCAUUCGAGAAUGUGCAAGAUUGCAAGGUUUUCCUGAUUACUACAGAUUCCAUGGGACAGUGGAAGAAAGAUAUCGCCAUGUUGGCAAUGCUGUAGCUGUUCCAGUAGGUCGGGCUCUCGGAUAUGCUUUGGCUAUGACAUGGCUUAGAAAAAAUGGAGAUGGACCCCUGAUGACGCUGCCACCUAAGUUUGCAUUCUCACACACACUUCAAGAUCUUUCUACAUCUACUAACAACCUGCAUUGAACACUUACCUUAAACCCUACUGCUAUUCUUCAAGAUUCACUUGAUCCUAAAUCUAUAAGGUGAGAUCGCCCCGGUAUUGUUCUUGUGAGGGUCUUGUUUAAUUCAUUUCAUUCCUUUUCAAGCUAAAUAAUGCUUGGCAAAAUCAACUUGGCAUCUUAGGUCCCUCAUUGACUCAUUGUUUAGAUUUGUAUCUUAAUUUAGAAAUUGUCCUCUGAAUUAUAAUCCACUCAUUUGCCCUGAUCCGCCAUUGCUUUGGCGAGUCUAUGCCUCUUGUAUUUCCAAGCCAUCUCCAUCGUGGUUGCUGUUCUUGUACACUGGAAGAUUAAUUUAGUUAUGAUUUUUUUAGCCAUUUUUUAAUUGCUCAAAUCUGUAGUACCAACCAACGUGUCAUUUGUAUUGCCUUGUUUCAUGAAACACGGUGCCAAAAUUUGGCAGCUGAUAAAAAAUUGCAAUGUUAUUUAAAGAAUUGGCUGUUGUAAACUGACUGCAUUGUUAUAAUUUUCCAGGAAGUUGGAACCGCAACCCAUUGGCACUGGA